CAAUUGUUCAGGGGGGAAACAAUUUGUUGGUGCGCAACUAGUGUGCGCUUCAGGAGUCUCCGGUUUCUGUAUUUUCUUGGGGGAUUUUUUUUGUCUGCAGGGAGAGAAGAGUGAGGCGGCGUGUGACUGUUUAUAGGUGUAAAUAUCAUAAUACAAUGUUAUGUUGUGAAUUGUAUCGCUAUUAGGCUGCAGGUACCGGAAGUAUAAGUGUUAAACCGAUUGGGGAGUUGCUCAAUGUGCCUAUAUACAGGUUUAGGAUUUCUGGGUGUUAAAUAUAUUUUAGACUAUUUACUGUAAAAUAAAUGAGUGCAUCAGAUCAAAAAUAUUUGUAGGAUUUCGACUAUCCAAGUACAGCCCUGUAGAAAUCACACCCUUCUGUCCACUUUUAAAGACUCUCUCCCACCCUCCCACCUUUAUACUGUAAACAGAAAGCAAUGUUCUAUUCUGCACUAGCCACUAAAUCAGUAUUGAUCUAUCAGAGUUAAACAUGCUGUAAUUCGGAAACUGGACAUUUUUUAAUUGAUAUAUAAUGUACUUGUGAAUGUUAGAUGACGAAACAUUAAACAUGUAUGCAACAGUAAUGUCUUCUGUGCUAUACAACAUUUAAAUUCUUACACAUUUCACAAUAUUGCUCUCGGUGGUGAUACAUUAUCGCACAAUUAAAGAUUUGUAAUGUAUAUUUCUUUCAUGUAGUUUUUUUAAAAAAUUUUUUUUAGGUGCCUUGUUCCAAAAUAUCACCAGUCACCAUGCCUACGGUGGUGGUGAUGGAUGUCUCUCUUUCAAUGACACGACCUGUUCCAGUGGAGGGGACGGAAGACUUCCAACGCAAGCACUUAGCUUCUCAUGGCCUCACAAUGCUAUUUGAACAUAUGGCGACUAACUACAAGCUGGAAUUCACUGCUUUAGUUGUAUUUUCAUCUCUCUGGGAACUGAUGGUUCCUUUCACCAGAGAUUAUAACACACUUCAGGUACAGAAUUAGGAUGAUUAUAAUUAAUGUUGUCUGUUUAUAAACAAGCUUUGGAAUUUUUUUUAAUUUGCUAUAACAUUUGCAGUUCCCAUACAAAGUUUCCACAAAACAGUUUAUUGAAUAAAUUCUAAUACCAUGAUUAUAAUUUGAGAAAUUAGCCUUAUGAUUUAUUGUAUGAUAAGCACAAUGGUCAGUUUACAGAAGAGUUGCAGUAUUUAAGUUAAAUUGCAUAGGUUUUUGACAUUUUGUUUUGUUCACAAGUAAAGUUUGCAAAUUCGGUCUAAAAACAUUCAGUGUCACUGUUUGGAAAUGAAACGUCUUAAAAGUUGGAAUGGUUUGUGAGCUCCACACAUGAGCUUUAUGAACAGGUUUGUGUUAAAAAUUAAUCUUCAAAAAGCUUUUCUAAAUUGUGAUUAUAUGUUCUUUUAUGUCCUCAAUGAAUAGAAUUGGUAAUACACAUAUUUAAAAAUUACAUAUGCCUGUCCAGAGUCAAGGUUUUCUUUUAGGUCAGCUAAUUGCAGUAAUCUGUGAGGCUCUUAAUGUAUUGUUGCUGUCUCUUUUUGUUUCUUUCAGGAAGCCCUAAGCAACAUAGAUGACUAUGACAAGACAUGUCUGGAAUCUGCUCUGCAAGGGGUGUCCAGCGUUGUCCAACAGGAAUGGGGGGCUUCAACUCCUUGCCAGGUAGACUAACAGUGGCUCAGUAAAAACUGGCACAGAGAUGUUUAAGAGCAUUUGUCCUUUUUCAGUGAAUCAUUGUAAGAUAACAUUUGUUAUCACUCUGCUAUUCCUUCAUUUAAAUAAUAAUGUACAAUUUGUCAUGCCAGCAAUAUUGUGGUUAUUUGUCUGCCUGUCUCUUGUUUUGAUAAUUUUUGGGGGAUAUAGGUUCUGUCUGUGUUUAGUGUAUUUUGUCUGUGAUGCUACUUAAAUUACAUUUUAAUCCACCUUACUGAUACUUCAUGUAUUUUUACUGUACAAAUACUAGAUUACAGCCAUACACAAGACAAAUCUAUAAAAUAAAACUGAAAAUAUUUUAGAUUAAUGGGAAGGGGGAUAACGUUAUUGUACAUAAACACACAUCAAAACGUGUCCUUGUUUAAGCCUCACAUUUAGACCUUUCCAAAUGUCCAAAUAUGAGACCGAGAAAGUGGACACGUUUCUAAUGUGAAUAAAAUAGCACUGUGUUGCCUUUGCUUAAAAGGUCAAGGUUAAUCAAAGUGUGUGUGUUUUAAUUGUCUGAAUAUGUUUAUUGUUUCUUUCCUGAACCACUAAUGACCAGUCAGCAUGACACCAGUACAUGAGUUUUUCUGAUUCUGGCUAGAACAAAAUUCUGAAAUAGAAUGUUGUGGAGAAAAGGUAGAAAUCUAGUUCUGCAGUAAGUGUAGUGGUGACUGUUGAGUUACAUUCUCUCCAUUGUACCUGAUUAUUUGCUUUACUUAUCAGCAUGUAAUUUAUGGAGAUGUGAAGUUUACAGCCGUAUACAUUUGUUCCUUGCAUAUUGCAAUUUUUUUAUCUUUUUCAGAUAGUGCUGGUUACUGAUGGAUGUCUGGGCAUUGGGAGGGGAUCCCUGCAUCAUUCCCUUGCAACUCUUAAUCAACGUAGUGAAAGUAACAGGUUCCCCCUGCCCUUUCCAUUCCCCUCCAAGCUUUAUGUAAUGUGCAUGGCUAAUCUGGAAGAGGUGAGAUGAUCUGCAAGCUUUCUUGCAUUAUGACAAAGCUAAUUUGGGGUUCGCACAACAAUCAAAUCUAAAAGAGAACUCAUCGGUAACAUUUCUCAGUAGAGUGCACCAAAAUCCAAAUUUAAUUUUCAUUUUAUACAAGACACCGAUAGGCCCAUGCUGUAGAACUUACUGUUUAGUUUAUUCUACAUAAGUUGGUGGUUAAUGUAAAGGACAGUUAAUGCUUUGCUUUUAUGCUUCUGUUGUAAUUCAAAUAUUUGGAUCCCUUUCUCUUUAACAGCUGCAGAGCUCAGAUUCAUUAGACUGUUUGGAACGACUUAUAGAUCUGAAUAAUGGGGAAGGACAGAUCUUCACUAUUGAUGGGCCUCUGUGUCUGAAGAAUGUCCAGUCAAUGUUUGGGUGAGCUUGAAAUAUGCAACCUGUAUUUAAUAGUUUUCUUGUGUGUAGUGAAGGCAAACUGUGCUAUUCUAUUCACAUCAAAAACGUACAUUUUUCAGUCUCUGAUUUGGACGUUUCUUGAAAAAUUGACAUGUUUUGAUGUGUACGUGUCUUAUGUAUACUAAAUUCAGGGGCUGCUUCAUUAGGUUCUCCUGUAUAGAUGUGGGUAAGAUACCAUUUGCCCCAGAAAACGCUAGUGUGGAAUAAAGAAAGUGCUGAAAACUUUCUCUAGUGUCCAUGAUUCCUACAUAGGCUCUCAUGUUUCCAGCUGAUUUUUCAGACAUACAUUUAUUGUACAAACGGCUCAUUAUAUACAUCACACUUUGGAUGACCUGUGAUUUAGAUGUGGAGAGGACUGUGCAAGACAAAGCAAACUAUAUUCGCUAUCAUCAUUGUGCUGCCAGAAUGAGAUGAUGAGCGUUUGUCUUAUGGAGCUUUGGACUGCAAACAGUAUCCAUUAACCAUAAAGGCAAAUGUUUAUGGUCAGUACAGCCAUUGUUAACUGUCAGGACUGUCUAAAUAGAUUGUCACUAUUUGCUAAAUUAUAUCACAUCUUUGAAAAUCCAACGAGUGCUCUCAUUUCUUAGUUUGAUACAUAUAACGCUGUGCAGCACCCUGGUAAUUAUUAUAUUAUUUGCAUUUUCAAGGCAGAGUGCCAGAUUCUUUUCAUUUUUCUAUAUGUAUAUGUGUGUGUGUGAUGAGUAACAAGUGCACAAGUUAGGUCAUGCAUUGAAAUUAUCAAGGUUUAUCCUUUGGUUUGAUUUUUUUUUUUUUGGCACUCAAGGUAAGUGGUAAGAUUUUCAGGUUCAUAAAAUCUAGAUAAUAGAAAGAAAAAAACAAAUAUAUACACAAGAAAUACAAAUGCACCUAACCAACUCAGUGGUAAGAAUAUGCAAAGGUACUUAACUGAGUAUAAGGUCGAUACAGCUUCCCAAGAGGUUUCCCCCAAACGAACCUCAAAUACAGAUAUGUGAAUAGACAAAAUUGGGAUACAGCUGAAUAACUAAAAAACACAAGAAUGCAUAGCACAUAGUGAAGUACAAUCACAAUAAUAAAAUAUGACCCACAAUGAUUGCACUCACAAAAUAGUGAUGAAUAGUGCGCCUUUAAGCCCACAUAGGGCUGCAGUAGCGUUCACCCUCCACGGAUAGGUUGCUCUGUCUUCCAAGAAAUGGGAGUAUGCCAGUAAAAUGUAAAAAAUCCUUUUAUUAUUAAAGGCACUAAUAAGCCUAUAUCAAAAAUCAAUAAAUGAAAUAUAGAAAAAAUACUGCAAUCUAACGCGUUUCGUCCAUACAAAUUGGACUUCCUCAGAGACAAUUUUGCAGUAUACACAGUAUAUAAAAUACAAAGCAUGCAUAAUUCCCACCCCCAACAGAGUCCCUUAAAUACAACCAAUCCAUAUGUUGAUUGGAGGAUUUCUUCAUAGAGAACACCUCUUCAAUAAGAGAAUAUUUCUUCCAGGUGAUCUUCACCUUAAAAUUCGCGGCUAAAAUCAGCUGAUUAUCCGUCCGUCCAUGUGUUAAUAUUAUGCAUUCCAAAUGUCAACUUCCGGUUGCGUUCCACAUACGUAUUUCCGGUGGUGGAUAUGAACGGACGUCAUGGACGCUAACGUUGCGUUCCAAAACAAGAUGUAUGCGUUCCAAAUAAUCAAGCCGCUCGAGUGGCUAAAAAGGCUAAAAAAACAGUCUUAAAAUAAUAACAACAAUUAAUAUAACCAUUCUCAUGUUACAAAUUCGAACACAUACACUACAGAAACAGAUCAUCAUCAAAUGGAAAAUGGGAUUUACAUCCUCUGCCACAAAAAUGAAUAUUAAAUUAAAAUAUAAAAAUGAGAAAUAAAUAUGAAAAUAUUAUUAAUUAAUAUACAUAUAUAUAUAUAUAUAUAUAUAUAAAAAUAUAUAUACAUAAAUAUUAAAUAAAAAUAAUAUUAAAAGAUGAAAUGAAUAAACAAAGAAAAAAACAAAAACAAAAAAAAAACAAAUGUAAAUAUGAAAAUAAAUAAAAUUAAAUGGAAAAUACAAUAAAAUAAAAUUAAAAAAAUUAAAUUAAAAAUAAAAAUAAAUGAAUAUAAAAUAAAAAUAAAUCAAAAUAAAAAUAAGUAUAAAUAUAAAUGAAAAUAAGAAUUGAAAAUAAAUGGAAUUAAAAUAACAAAUAAAAAAUUAAAACUAAAUAUAAUAAUAAAAAUAUAAUUUUAAUAGGUGUAUGAAAGGCAGAAGAUGGAAAUCCCCCAUCAAAUAAGUAGUAAUGUUAUACCAUAAAACUAGCCAGAUCCACAUCUAUAUUUAAACCUUUGGGUGACAAGGUAUCCAAAUGGUAAAUCCAAUAGGUCUCCCGUUGUGCUAGUUUCAAUUCCCUGUUGCCUCCUCUCCAAUGAGGGGACACAUGUUCUAUACCACAACCCUUGAAAUCCCUCCAAUUAAAGGCCUGGCAUGUGUUACAGUGAACAGGCACUGAAUGAGUUAUACCUUUCCUUAUAUUGUUAAUAUGUUCCAUAAGGCGAAUUUUAAGGUGAAGAUCACCUGGAAGAAAUAUUCUCUUAUUGAAGAGGUGUUCUCUAUGAAGAAAUCCUCCAAUCAACAUAUGGAUUGGUUGUAUUUAAGGGACUCUGUUGGGGGUGGGAAUUAUGCAUGCUUUGUAUUUUAUAUACUGUGUAUACUGCAAAAUUGUCUCUGAGGAAGUCCAAUUUGUAUGGACGAAACGCGUUAGAUUGCAGUAUUUUUUCUAUAUUUCAUUUAUUGAUUUUUGAUAUAGGCUUAUUAGUGCCUUUAAUAAUAAAAGGAUUUUUUACAUUUUACUGGCAUACUCCCAUUUCUUGGAAGACAGAGCAACCUAUCCGUGGAGGGUGAACGCUACUGCAGCCCUAUGUGGGCUUAAAGGCGCACUAUUCAUCACUAUUUUGUGAGUGCAAUCAUUGUGGGUCAUAUUUUAUUAUUGUGAUUGUACUUCACUAUGUGCUAUGUAUUCUUGUGUUUUUUAGUUAUUCAGCUGUAUCCCAAUUUUGUCUAUUCAUAAAAUCUAGAGUAAAUUCAUAUAAACUGAUUGGAUGUUGCACACACCUCCAAACCAAAAAUGAUAAUGCUAGUUUGUGAAAAUCCAUGUCUGAAAUUUGGUAAAGUGACUACAUUAAAUAUGUUUACUUUCAGCAAACUAGUGUUCCUAUGGAAAGAUAUAAUGGAGGCAUUUGAUAUACCUAAUAGAUUAGUAAAUGGACUAUGUAUAUGUGUUUGUGUAUUAUAAAUAGUUUGAGCAUAAUAAACAUUAGACCAAGGGGAUGUAUGCACAAUAAUUCCAUUUUUAGAUUAUCAGUUAAAACCUGUGUUCAUUGCCCCUUGAGCUUAUUAUGUGUGAUAACGAGUUCAAUAGAAACUUUUAACGGAGCACUCUAAGCAGCAAUACAACUUUAGCUUAAUAAAGCAGUUUUAAUGUGUAGAUCAAGCCCCUGCAGUCUAACUGCCCAAUUAUCUGCCAUUUAGGAGAUAAAACACUUUGUUUAUGCAGCCCUAGUCACACCUCCCCUACAUUUAGCCCACACAAUCUCCCUACACAUUUCCUGUAAAGAGAUCUGAUUCCUUGAACUACCAACAUUACACAGUUGGUUUAAUUUAGUAGUUUUUAUCUCCUGCUCUGUUAAUAAACUGUUAGAGCCUGCAAGUGCCUCCUGUGCAUGAUUAAAGUUCAAUUAACAGCAGGAGAGAAGAACUUCUAAAGUAACAGACUGCUAUGCUAGUGAUCUGAUGGAAAAUGAAACACAUUUUUCAUGUUGGUGGUGUCAGUCACAGCCAGGGCAGGUGUGGGUAGGGCUGCAUGAACAGAAACACAAGUUUUAACUCCUAAAUGGCAGAGAAUUAAGCAGUGAGACUGCAAGGACAUUGUCUAUACCAAUAAGCUAAAGUUGUUUUGGUGCUUAUAGUAUCCCUUUAAUGAGUUAUGCCUUUGCAAGUUGAUGGUUUUAAUGCAUUGCUUUUAAAUAAAGUGCUUGGAUUUAAAGGAAACUGAUCGAUGUGGCAUAUACCCCAUUCCAUGCUGUGCUGAAGUGUGGAAACCUUUCUUCAGAUGUUCAGGUCUUCCCAAGGCCAGAGCCAGUUGUCACAGAUGAAGAAAUAGAACCUAUUCCUAAAGUCAUUAACACAGGUAAACAGCCGAACACUAACAUAAUGGAUUUACACAGGCAGCAAACCACUACAGACCAUUUUAACCCCUUAAGGACGGAUCCAAAUGUACACGUUGUGAACAAAACAAAAUGUAAACAAAACCUGGCAUUUGCCCUACAUGUAUGUCCAACCGUAAUUCACCUCUUUCAUAGUAAAUGCACCCACCCUUAUUAUACAUAAUUUUAUUCAGGGGAAACAGGGCUUUCAUUUAAUAUCAAAUAUUUAAAUGGGAGAAAAUAAGAUUUCUUUUUUUAGUUCUACAUGACAUUUUAACUGUCAAUGUCAUAAUACUGUUUGCUUUUACUGCAAUAAAAUACACAUAUUUGUAUUCAGCAAAGUCUCACAUGUAAGACAGUACCCCCUAUGUACAGGUUUUAUGGUGUUUUGGGAAGUUACAGGGUCAAAUAUAGCAGGUUACAUUUGAAAUUGAAAUUCGCCAGAUUGGUUACGUUGCCUUUGUAACUGUAUAGUAGCCCAGGAAUGAAAUUUACACCCCUAAUGGCAUACCAUUUGCAAUAGUAGACAAUCCAAGGUAUUGCAAAUGGGGUAUCUUUUUUAGUAGCCAUUUGGUCACAAACACUGGCCUGAUUAACAUUUGCAAUCUUUGUGCCCACUCCUCAAAAGCCCCUGUUUGUAACUCACGAUUGAAUAAGAACUGAGCAAUAUACUCUUCUUUUCUCUUGUUACAUGGAGAAAAAUACACAAUCAUCGAGUUUAUGACAAAAGUAGUUUGCAAAAUAUCUUAUGGUUGCAUACUAGAAACAUGAUUAACAAUAUUAAGGUGAUAACAGUAGCUGGAUAUUACACGUAUAGCCUGUGUUGCAUGUUUCAUAUAUCAUGGUUAUGCAAUGUAUAAUGUUUUUGUUAUUGAUUAUUACACUUCCUUAUCUCUCUGUAGAUUUGGAAGUUGUGGGAUUUAUUGAUAUUGCAGAUAUUUCUAGUCCUCCUGUCUUGUCUCGUCACCUGGUCCUACCCAUUGCUUUAAACAAAGGUGAGAACGUAUAUCUAAUGUUUAGAGAUGUCAGAUUGCACCUGUGAGUGAGAUGUGACUGAAGCUCACACCUUGUAAUCUCUGCUAUUCCUCUUCCUCCUGUACAGAAGGGGAUGAUGUUGGAACUGGUUUGACAGAUGACAUUGAAGACGAGAAUUCGGCCAAUCAGAUUGCUGGCAAAAUCCCAAAUUUCUGCGUCCUGCUCCAUGGAAGCUUAAAAGUGGAAGGGAUGGUGGCAUUAGUUCAGUUGGGGUAAGGGCAUGUGAGGACAGUAACAUAUCACUGCUAGAAAUGCACUGUAUUAGUAUUUUCUAACAGAAAACUAGCACUCAAAUUUUAUUGGAAGUGAUUGAAGGACCACUAUAGUGCCAGGAAAACAUACUUGUUUUCCUGGCACUAUAGUGCCCUGAGGGUGCCCCCACCCUCAGGGUCCGCCGGGCUGGAUGGAGAGGAAGGGGUUAAAUGUACCUCUUUCUCCAGCACCGGGCGGGGAGCUCUCCGCUUCCUCUCCUCCUUUUCGGCUGAAUGCGCAUGCGCGGCAUAGCUUUCCUAUGGACGCUGGCGUCUUCUCACUGUGAAAAUCACAGUGAGAAGCACGCAAGCGCCUCUAGUGGCUGUCAAGAGACAGCCACUAGAGGCUGGAUUAACCCAUAUGUAAACAUAGCAGUUUCAGUGAAACUGCUAUGUUUAUAGAAAAAAGGGUUAACCCUAGCUGGACCAGGCACCCAGACCACUUCAUUAAGCUGAAGUGGUCUGGGUGUCUUUAGUGGUCCUUUAAAUAUGCAUCGUAGAUUCUGUCACAUAUUCCAUGAAUACAAAGAGAAGAAGCCACUUGGAGUGCUGUUUUCAGAUUUCGUAAUCAGUGGCAGCAAGUGUAGGUUUAUUUAUUCGUAUCUUUAUUUUUGUCUUAACAGUUGACAUAUUAUCAUUGUCCCUCUCUUUCUCUCUAGCCCAGAAUGGCAUGGAAUGCUUUACUCCCAAGCAGACAGCAAGAAAAAAUCUAACUUAAUGAUGUCUCUGUUUGAUCCUGGGGUUGAGCCUUUGCCCUGGUUAGGAAAAACCCUUCAACUGGGACCUAUAUCAGGUGAAAAAUAGACCUUAGUCCUGUAACCAUCUGAUCAGUCCAUAAUAUACAAUAUAUUGCAUUCAGUGGAUUGAAGGGACACCGAGAAAACACAUAGAACCCCUGCAUGUAAUCUGGGCCUUCAGGGAGAAGGAUUAAUCUGUGCUUGGGUAGAACUCUUGCGUGCACAGAAAUAGGUCAUUUCACAAACUGUAUCCCAUACUGAAUACUGUGUAAAAACUAAAACGUAUCACUCUGUAUAGUUGUGCCUCCAUAUUCAUGUUUUCUAAUACAGUUUUGUAUGCCAUAGAGCUUCCUUUGUUUUGCUGACACAACUGUUCUUAGGCUGUGCAAGCAAUAAGUCCUUGUGUUACUUGGAAAAUAAAUUUCCAUAGUUUUGGUUUUAUAGAUGCCAAAGAGAAUCCAUACGGAGAGGAAGAUAAUAAGAGCCCAUUUCCCUUGCAACCCAAGACGAAAAGAAGCUAUGCUCAGAAUGUGACUGUUUGGAUAAAGCCUAGUGGGCUGCAGGUAACCUUCUUAUUGGGUUGUACUGGAUAUCAUGUGUUCAAAGCAUACCUAGCUAACGUUAUCUCCCACUCGAUAAUUCAGAAAUACGUUGAACAGUACUGUUUUCUAAUCUCCAUUGCUUAGUUGGUGUGCUACAAAAAUUAAUACAGAUGGAUGUCAGCAGGAUUUUUUUUUAAUUAUUAUUCAAACCAAGACAAACCGCUCACAGGAGAAUAGCCCACAACUCAAAUAGCUUGCCCUUCAGUGGUAUCUAUUCUGAUCUCAAGGUAGUUUUAGGUUACUUGUGCCAUUACAGAGAGAACCUAAAAUAUUUGCAUUUUAUAACAAUCCCACCACUGAAAGUGCAGUUCAGAUCCUAAAAUCCUGGCAGGUCUCCUUUGUACAAGACAUGCAGCACCCCAGAUGAUUGAUCGUUUUAACCUUAGUAAGCCUUGUCGGUGAAGUGUGGCUGAUACCCCUCUAGACCUAGUAAGCAAUGACUCUAUGCCUAUAUUAUACUUCCAUAAAUUGUAUGCUUUACUGAACUGAGUGAACAACUCAUAGCUUUUCCUUUAGUGUGUCCCUGCCAAGGUCUCAAGCUUGUUUUAGCUCACUUGUGCCAUUGUCUCAUCUCUCCAUUUAAAUCUUUAGAUUGUAAGCUUACAGGCUAUCUAGAAAAGUAUUGUGUAUAAAUGAUCUUCAGGAUCCAGAUCUCUGUUCAAGGUGCAGGGUCUUCUUUACCUUUUGUAUUGGUCAUCCCAAUCCCAAUUUUACAGUGCUGCAGAAUAUGUUGGCACUUUAUAAAUGCCUGUAAUUAAAUAAAAAUUAGAAAAUCUAAAUCUUUGUCAUAAUAGACUAAUCCCACCAAUAAGGGCAGUCUUAAUUGUAUGUAUUCUGUACCUAAAGACUGGUAUAUCACACUCCUUUCCUUAAAGGAAUACUAUAGGGUCAGGAACACAAACAUGUAUUGCUGACCCUAUAAAGUUAAAACCAUCAUUUAGCCCUUGCCUCCUAAAUAUAGUAAAAAUCUUAACUUUACUCCCGUCUGCUGCUGCAGGCUCUGCCUCUGAUCUGCCUGCUUGGCUGACAUCAUAAGAAGUUAUGAACUGAGCCAAUCACAAUAUUUUCCCAUAGCAAAGCACUGGAUUGGCUAAGACUGUUAGAGAGGCAUAUCAGUGGCAGAGCCAGCACAAGCCAAAUACAGCUCUGGCCAAUAAGCUUCUCCUGAUAGAGAUGCAUUAAAUCCAUGCACCUCCAUGGGGAAAGUUCAGCGAGACACUGAACUGUGCAGCACUGCCCCAAGAAGCACCUCUAGUAGCCAUCUGAAGAGUGGCCAGUAGUUGUAUCCCUAGGCUCUCUGAAAAGAGUGUUUACUGCAAAAAGGGAAUGAUUACAUUCACCAGAACAAAUACAAUAAGCUGUAGUUGUUCUGGUGACUUUAGUAUCCCUUUAACUGUAUACUUGUGAGCACUGGUUUUUGAACAGGCUAAACCUCUACUUUUCCUUGACUUGGAGUACUCACAAUGACUUCUGUGUUUGCAGCCCUCAAGGUAAAUGGAUAGAUACAAUCAACAGAUAUGACUGUAAAUCAAAUGGCUUUAUAAUAUUGCUUCUGCCAUUUGCUAGAACUUGCCCACCUGUAGAAUAAUAUUCAAAAGCUCACAAGCUGGUAUAUUUCAAAGACAGUUUUGAAGAAAUUUGUCCUAAAUUAAUUCUGUGCCAUGUGUUUUGGUUUGCUCAUAUAUAGCAUUUUGUAUGUUGCUCUGCCAGGAAUUUCAUGUCUCUCUGAUGUAAGAGUACCAUUUAAGAUAACAUUACUACAUGCUUGCGAUUUGAAAUGUGAUCUAGUUCAGUGCACGCCAUGAACAGCCAUCUCUUUAACAGUGUCUUUUUUGCAGACCGAUGUACAGAAGAUUUUAAGGAACGCCAGGAAACUCCCAGAGAAAACUCAGACAUUCUACAAAGUAUGUGUAAUAACUGUAAAUUAUUGUAUCAGUAUUUAGGAAAGUUGUUACUCAGGAAAUGCAGUAACUGUUUCCAUUACUGAUUUAGUGUAAUUUUAAAAAGAGGAAGUGACUAUCUCCCUGAGUUAACUGAGGCCUUGUUGUAUAGAAAAUCAGAUGCAAAUUAAGAUGUCAUUGUUUUAAUGGGUACACUUCAGUAUUAGGCAGCAAGACAGUUAACUUACCAUGCGAUCAGAUAGACCGAAUAGUAAGUAGGAAUCAUUGCCUCUGUGUAGCCAAUACUACUAAGUGAAAGCAUGGUUGCUGCCAACUAUUUUAAUUCUUCUAGAAUGUUUUUUAAUAAAUUUUCCAUACAAAUUGGACAACUUCUUGACUGGUCGAUAUCCCUCUUCUAACAUUUGGUUAGAAAAUAACAUAGCUUGGGGUCUCUAGUACUGCUUACCUUUGGUACCUUCCUUUACAUUCAGUGCUUGUUUUGUCUAUUUCCUCAGGAGUUGAACCGCCUGCGAAAAGCUGCCUUGUCCUUUGGGUUUCUGGACCUGUUAAAGGGAGUGUCAGAAAUGCUGGAGAGAGAGUGUACUCUUCUACCAGACAAUGCACACCCGGAUGCUGCCUUCCAACUCUCACAUGCUGCUGCACAACUUAAACUUGCCAGCACUGGCAGCUCUGAACACUCCGUUUAUGGCCUUAAUAUCAUCCCAUUACAGACUGAUUUUUCUGGAAGAGGCUCUGACCGGCUUUGAAUUUUUCUUUCGUUUGUGCAUUCUGGAUGAAGCAUUUGAAUCCUACCCCCAAAUGUUUGGGAUUAUACCACCACUAAGGAGCUCAAUUCUUUUUCAGGUUUGACAAUUAUUCAUGCACUCAAUACAAUGCUCCUACAGUGAAUAUACUGGCAGUCUUGUAGGUUCAGGCUCACCAAACCUGAAGGAAUAGCAGGCUUCAAAACUAUGGAAUCAUGAGAGAGGUGGAUUUCCAGAACUAUGGGAUGAGAACAUUCCUUUCUCAGUGACCAUGCACUUGCAGUAUCGCGAAAAGACAUAAGUUACAAAAUGUCCCCCUGCAUCAUACGGUAUUAGAUACUGAACACAUUGUCAGAAAACUGGGAUCACCAAUAGAAAUAAAAUUUCAAGCUCCAGACUGAAGAUGGUCUGAAAUGGGUUAACUAUUGUAUAGUCUUUUUGUCCCCCUCUCAAGAGACUGAAAAUCAUUUUGGAAUUUUAUAUGCCCACCCCAAGUGUUUUGUUCUAUUAAUAUAUCCUUGGUAGAAUUUUCCUAAAGUAUUCAAUGUUUAUGGUCAAACAGUGAUUGGUCAAGGACACCAUGCUUUAUUUUUAAAAUCUAAUAAAGAGAAUAAAAUAAAUUGCUUCCCUCU